AUGAUAAAAUUAUUUUUAAAAUUAUUAAUUAUAAUUUUAUGUUCGAUAUGUUUAAAUAAUAUAAUUUUUAAUAAUUAUUUUGUAAGUGGCCAUAUAUUAACAACACAAAAUGAUACUACCAACAAUAAUAAUAAUAUAACUUCAUCAUCAUCAUCUUUAAAUGAAUCAUCAAUUUCUUGUGGUGAUUUAUCUUUAAUGUCAAAUCAAACAUAUAAAAAAUUUAAUUUAACUUCAACAUUGGUUCAAUCAUCAUCAUCGUCUUCAUCAGUUUCGUCAACAGUUACCAAUACCAUUUUGCCACAAAAACUAAAUUCGACAACACCAUCACUUUCAAAAAAUAAUGGUACAAUGAUAAGUUCAACAAAUACAACUAAAACAUCAUCAUCAUUUCAUUCGUCAUCAUCUUCAACAACAACAACAACAUCAUCAUCAUCAUCAGCAUCUGGUUCAACGACAUCUUCGUCUGGUACAAUAGCAUCUGGUCAAUCUUCAAAUUGUGUAUAUUAUAAUAGUAAAACAACAAUAAUUAAUUCACCAGAAACAGUAAUUGGUGAUGUAAGUAAAAAAACAUCAAAUACUUUAAAUGUUGCAUUCACAUUACAAUUUAAUGGAUCAUUAUCAUUAUCAAAUGGUUCAAGUAUGAAUAUUGGAUGUAAUAAUAAUAGUGGUGAAUGUUUACGUACAACAAGUCAUUUUCAAAUUGAUGGAAUUGUAAAUAUUUUAGAUAGUAAUAGUAUUUUAGAUAUUAAUUCAGAUUUAAAUAUAUCAAAAACUGGUAUUUUACGAACAAAUAUAUCAGCAGCAUCAUCAUCAUCAUCAGCAUCAGCAUCAAAUCAAUUUGUACCAACAAUGAAUGUAUUAACAACAUCUUCAUCAUCAUCUUCUUCCACUUCAAAAGAUAGUAAUAAUAAUAAUAAUAAUUUACAAGUUAAUUCAAAAACAACAUCAAUUAAUUCAAAUAAUUUUUAUAAUAAUGGUGGAUUAUUUAAUAUUGAUUUACCAAUAUCAAUAAAUACAAACCUGUUUAAUAUAAAUAGUAAAGGUAUUAUUAAUGUAAAUUCACCAUUAACUAUAAACUCAACACAAUCAAUUGUUAAAGGUGGUUCAAUUUUAAAUAUUGAUAAUUUAUUGAACACUCAAGAUUCAAAAGGUGGUAUGUCAAUUUCAGAUGGUUCAAAAGUGAAUUUAAAUUCACCAUUAUCAAAUUUAAAAGGAUUGUUAUUAGAAUUAAGUGACUCAAACUCAACGUUGAAUGCAAAUAAUCAAUCGUUAGUCCAAAUGGAUCAGUUCAUAAGUAAUGGUGGUAAAACGAUUAUAAAUAAUUCACUAUUAGAGAUUAAAUCUCAAUUUUUGUUGGGUGAUAAAUCAACAAUAAAUUUAAAUAAUGAGGGUGGAUUACAUGUGAAUGGUAAUUUCAAAUUGAAUGGUAAUGGUACUCUAUCUAUCAAUUCCAAUGGGUAUAUAGUGAGUGAUUCUGGUGAUUUUUAUUUAAAUGAUGAUUCUAAAAUAAUUGUAAAUCAAAGUUCUAUUGGAAUUCGCUCAAAUAUUCAUUCAAUUGGUAAUUCAAUAUUCCAGAAUGAAAAUAGUGUUUUUCAAUUCAUGGGGUCAUCAAUUAAUUUAUCAGAUAAGUCUAUAUUCCUUUUAAAGAAUUGUACAGAUGUAAAUAUGGAAUCUAAAAUUACAAUGCUAUCUGAUAAUGCUCAAUUCCAAUUAUCAUCAAACUCAUUCCUAAAUACGAAUAAUCCAUUCAAUUUAUUAAAUUCAUCAAUGUUAUUAAUUAGUGAUAAUUCAAUUCAUUCACAUAAUAAUAAUUUAAUUCAGUUAAAUCAUAAUUCUCAAUUGAAAAUAUCAAGUAAUUCAAAAUUCUCUUUAAAUGGAUUAGGUUCAAAUUUAUUAUUAAAUGAAAAUUCAAUCGUAACAAUUGAUCAAGGUUCAACUAUUAAUUUUAAUAGAGGUUCUUCUUUAAAAUUAAAUGGUAAUACAAUUUUAAAUUUAUCAAAUAAUUCAAAUAUUUAUUUUGAAAAUUCAAAUUUACAUUUAAGUGAUAAUUCAAUAAUUUCAAUUGAUUUUUCAAAUUUUUAUUUAUCAAAAACUAUAAUUAAAACUACAUCAUCAACAACAUCAAAUAAUAAUCAUUUAUCACAAAUUAAUAAUCAAAGUUUAGUUAAUUUAAAUAAUUCAAAUUUUAUAAAUAAUCAAAAUUUUGAAAUUAAUGAUGGUGGUAAAUUUCAAUUAUUUGGUAAUUCUUAUUUUGAAAAUAAUGGUGAUGUAACUUUAAAAUCCAAUAGUUUAUUUCAUUCACCUGAUAAUGGUAAUCAUGUUAUAAAUAAUUAUAAAUCUUGGAUGUUUUCUUCUUCUUCAGAUUCUUCUUCUUCUUCCUCCUCCUCUUCAUCAUCUUCUUCAAAUUCUUCUUCAAAUACAACCAAUUCAACAGAUUCAUACUAUCCUACAACAAAACUUAAUAAAUUUAAUAAUUUUGGUGAUUUAAUAUUAAAAGAUAUGAAAUUAAUAUUAAAUCAAUUUAAUACUUCAGCUAAUAGUAUUAUUAAUUUAUCAAAUUCAAUUUUAUCAAUUGAUAAUAAUAAUAAUAAUAAUAAAACAAAUAAUAGUUCAAAAACUAUAUUAAUUCAUAAUGGUAAUAUUAAUGGUAAUGGUAUUAUUGAAAAUGAUAUUAAAUCAUCAUUCAACUCUUCAAUUGGUACAAAUUCAUCAAUUACAAAGCUAAUUGUUAAUGGUUCAUUAUCUCAAAAUUCAAACUCUCAUUUCGAUAUUUUAAUCAAUGGUAAUGAUACUGCUGGUAUUGAUUUUACUCAUAUUCUUAUACUUGGUGAAUAUAUAGCAUCCAAUGAAGAAAUUAAUGAUAAUGAUAAUGAUAGUAAUAAUAAUAAUAAUUUAAAAAGAUCGAUAUUAUCAAUUGAUGGAUCAUUAUCAUCAUCAGCAGCAACAACCACUAGUAAUACAAAUAAAACUAUUAAUGUUUAUUUAAAUAAUACUAAUACAAGUGGUAAUAUUACAUUUUUAAAUUAUUCAAAUUCAAAUUUAACCAAUUCAUUCACAUUGAAAUUAAAUUCAUACAAUAAAACAUCAAACUCUUAUGAAACUAUUAACGAUCCCUGUAAAUACCAAUUAACACAAACUAAAUCAUCACUUAGUUUAUUAAUUUCACCAACUAGUACUUGUAGAGUAACUGAUGAUGGUAAAGUAAUCAUUACUGAUGAUAAUAAUAAUGGUAAUCUCAUCUUUAGGAAUAAAGUUAUUAUCGCUGUAGUUUUAUGUGUUGUCUUUAGUACUGCAAUCGUUGGUGUUAUAAUUUGGAAAAAAAGAAAAAUUAAUAAUUUCAUCAAAAUUAAAAGAGAAUAUUUUUUAACAAAAAGAAAUAGUAGAAAGGGGAUCAAAGAGAAUCAAGAGUGUACACAAGCAGAAAACCUAUUAGAUUAG